UCAAAAUUUCCAUUCACUACUCGGCAUUCAAAAGAUUAUCGUUUGGUGGUAUAAAUCGACUCGACAUAAUAGUAACAAAACAAGUUACGAACGCUAAUAUUGUACGAUUGUGCUAGACCGUGAAACCCACGAGUCUAGACCAUUUAACGUAGUGUAAAUUAAAUAUUUUUAUUGUGAUUUAAGCAUUACAUAAUGCCUUUGCUUAGGCUGACGACUGGUACCUUCGGGCAGCUGCGUACGUUUGCUACGUCAGCAUCCCUCGCAAAACGUGUUAAGACCUUCGCAGUCUAUCGAUGGAACCCUGAUGAGCCCGACAAGAAACCUUAUACGCAAAAUUUCGAAGUGGAUUUGGACGACUGCGCACCGAUGGUAUUGGACGCUUUGCUGAAGAUUAAGAACGAAGUAGACCCAACCCUGACCUUCAGACGUUCGUGCCGAGAGGGCGUUUGUGGUUCUUGUGCGAUGAAUAUCGACGGCGUCAACACUCUGGCCUGCAUCAGCCAUAUCGAUCAAAACAUUUCCAAGCCGACGAAGAUUUAUCCUCUACCUCACAUGUACGUCGUCAAAGACUUGGUCCCCGAUCUGACCAACUUUUACCGGCAGUACCAGUCUAUCGAGCCAUGGCUGCAGCGGGAAAAUGAAGCUGUUAAAGGUAAGGAGACUCAAUUGCUCCAGGAUGUAGAGGACCGCGUCAAGUUGGAUGGUCUCUAUGAAUGUGUGCUAUGUGCUUGCUGUUCGACGAGUUGCCCGUCGUACUGGUGGAAUGGAGAUAAGUACCUAGGCCCUGCUGUCCUCAUGCAGGCCUACAGGUGGAUCAUUGACUCCCGAGAUGAAGCCACUGAGAAACGUUUAUCAAAACUCAAGGACACAUACUCUGUGUACCGUUGCCAUACAAUCAUGAACUGCACUCGCACAUGCCCGAAAGGUCUGAACCCAGGCCGGGCCAUUGCCCAGAUCAAAACCUUACUCUCGGGUAUAGUUAAGAAGCAGCCACCUAUAAUGGAUCCUGCUGGCUUGCAGAAGCAGACAGCGAGCAAUUAAUAAACAAAUUGUAAAUAUGAUAUUGUAGUUCAAGGGCUGAAAUCUUAACUGUAGCUACAAUUGAGUGAAUGUUAAGGAGUAAAUGAGUCGUCUAUUAUCAAAGCCGGCAAUCUG